GCCUAUUUGAUUGCACCAAAAGUUGGCCGUAAGUUACCGGACGGCAACUUCAGUAACGAUGAGCCGCACGGCUGGGAAUCGCGUGAAUAUUUGCGCAAAAAACUGGUCGGAAAAGAGAUUCAGUUUCGCACCGAAUACAAGAUAUCGAUGGGUCAAUCUCAACGAGAGUUUGGUUUCCUAUUUCUCGCCGACGAGAACGUGAACGACACGGUUGUCAUCGAAGGCAUGGCGGAAGUGGUCCGACGGCAGCAAAACAAAGAUAACGCCGAAGUGUUGCGUCUGAUUGAGUUGGAAGAGUCGGCCAAAACCGCCCAAAAGGGCAAAUGGGAUGCCGUUUCGACCAAACGAGAAGUGCUCCAUGAAGUGGAAGAGCCCCAGAAGCUGGUCAACAAGACUCUGCCGGCUAUUGUUGAACACGUUCGCGACGGCAGUACUCUUCGGGUGGCCCUCGCAUUAGAG